GAGUGGGCACAAGAAGGACUUUUUCUCUCCACUACUAGUGACCAAGCAUGUAAACUGUUUGAUUCAGCACUCACCCAGUUUUUAGGAUGGUAUGAUGAUGAUACAUUUGGUGGUUUGGAGAAGACACUAAAAGAUAUAAAAGUGGCUGAUCCAGAAUUUGUGAUGGGUCAUGUGAUGUCCAUAGGCUUGGACCUGAUAGGAACUGGAAGGACACUGCGAUUAGAUAAUAGGUUUAAACUAGAAAUGGAAAACAUUGAAUCUUUAGCCAAAAAACAAGCUAGUAUUUUAACUCCAAGGGAACAAAGUCAUGUUAAGGCUGUCCAGUUAUGGGCUGAUGGGUUUUUGGAUGAAGCCACUAAUGUGUGGGAAGAUAUACUUGUGAAACAUCCAACCGAUAUUUUUGCUCUCAAGAUGGCUCAUGACACAUACUUUUAUCUGGGCUACCAAUCCCAGAUACGAGAUUCAGUUGCUAGAGUUUUUCCACACUGGAAACCAACCACUCCACUUUACAGUUACCUUUAUGGUAUGUAUGCUUUUGGAUUGGAAGAAACGAACUUUUAUUCUAAAGCAGAAGAGAUUUCUCAAAAGGGGUUGGAACUUAAUCCAAAAGAUGCUUGGGCCACCCAUGCUCUUGCUCAUGUGUUUGAAAUGGAAGGUCGUACCAAUGAAGGAAUUGCUUUCAUGAGUUCAACAGUGAAGAACUGGGAGGGAGAACAUGAAGCAGCAGUGGAUAUCUUUGACACACAGGUUGGAAAGAGAAUACAUUCUGGAUCAUUACUGGACAUUGUUGAUGCUACCUCUCUUUUGUACCGCUUGGAAUUCGAAGAAAAAGUAAGGGGAUCAACUCCAGAGUUUCUGCUAAAGUAGGAAGUAAAAUUAUCCAAGCUCUCCUGGCUUAUGAUGACG